CAUCUGGGCAACAAAAGACUUGGAGGAGUUUAAAGUGAGGCAGCUGUGAGGAAGCUCGGCAGACGAACUGAUUUCUCCAACAUGGGUCCCGCUCUGGUGGUGCUGGCGUUGUCUUUGCUGGCAACAGUGGCAGCUCAGUCUCACGACCAUCAUGACAUGGCCUGGGUGAACGGCUACCGGCAGAGCUUCAACUUCCAGUGUCCACACGGAGAGGUCAUCGUGGCCAUCAGGAGCUACUACAGCGAGCAGGACGGCUCGGACCGCUUGUGGACCUUUGAGUGCCAGCCGACACCUGAGGGUCUGGGGGAGCCCAGUGACUGCUGGUGGGACGACAUCUCCCGCGCUGGGAUGGAGUGGACUUCAACGUGCACUCGUAACGGCCUGGUGGCGGGCGUGCAAAGCAAGUACUUUGAAUCCGUCCUGGACCGGGAAUGGCAGUUCUACUGCUGCUACUACAAACGCCGCUGUCCCUACUCCUGCAUGAAGACCACUGACGUUCCUGAAUACUACAGGGAAGAGGGAGAGAUGGUGAUCCCGAGUUAUGGCUACUUCAUUCGAGGUGCCCAGACCACCUUCACUGGAGUGCUAAGAGAUCGGCAGUGGAAGUACAUCCUGUGCAGAAUGACAGACUUUGACUGUGAUUUCGAAAAUUUAUAGAUUGUAAGCAGCAAUUUUUUUUCCUAUUCAUAAACAGUUUUAACUAAAAAUGCAUAUUUACUCAUACAAGUAAACAAAAACAGUGUACUGACAUUAUACAUAACUGACACAAUUCAUGCUUUCGUCCAUGUAUUUACAUUUGUUAAGUGGAUCAACCACAGGCAUGUCAUAUAUGCCUGUACUGUCAGUUUUUUAGCCUAGCAUGGAAAAUGACUGCUCAUAUAAAGGUAAAGUAAACAUCGACACAGAGGGUCUACGGGGGAUUUGGGCUCCACCAGACGCUUUGGACAGCUUAAGCUUUUAGUUGUGGGAGGAACUGGAAGUCCUUUGGCAGCAUGUGAAAGUGGUUUUCCAAAACAAACUCAAUUAUUUGAUGCUGUGGUCAUGGUGGUGGAAAACACAGUGUCAGGCUCUCCUCCAAAGUCUUUUCGUUGAGGUCAUGUGACAGUGAUGGCCAAACAAAAUGGUUCACACCAUUUUCACAGUCACAAGUGAGCUGCAGCGUGCGGCGGAUGGGGAUAUUGUCUUGGAAGUGACGCUUGGAACAAUUGUGUAUGUGUUGGAAGACAUGAAAAGCUCUUUCAGAAUCCCUGGCAACAUGAGCUUUGCAUGCAAUGAAAAGUGCCCCACCUGCUUCCAAUCGACUUCACAUCCCUCCUCUAUGAAAGUGUCUCAUUCAGUUUGUCUGUUUCAGCUAUAGCGUGUACUGGACUGGAACUCAUGUAACUAUACCGUGUGAAAAUGGGAUUAAAACC